UCUGCCACCUGUCCAUUGGUUAGUGCUCAGAGGAAAGUGAAGUCAGGAGCGGCAGCGAAGCAAGAAAGGCAGCUGCCGUAGGUCCUCUCGCAGCAGACCUCCAUGGCGGCGAUGGCGUUUGCGGCGUCCUCAACGGCUGCCGCAGUGCUGGGCGGAGCUCGCCUCCCUGUACCCGGCUCCGCGGUCCUCAUCCCGCCGCGACCUCGCCGUUCCUCGUCCCUGCCUCUCCCCCUUUCCUCCUCCCACUCCCAUGAUGAUUGCAGGUUUUCUUCGCUCCGGGUAAGAGCAUCUUCAUCAUCAGAAGAGUCAUCUGGCUCUGUUCAAACUGAUGAGCUCCUGGCAGAUUUGAAGGACAAAUGGGACUCGAUUGAGAACAAAUCCACGGUCUUCUUGUACGGCGGAGGUGCAAUUGUUGCAGUGUGGCUAUCUUCCAUAAUCGUCGGUGCUGUCAACUCAGUUCCUCUGCUUCCAAAGAUCAUGGAAUUAGUGGGGCUUGGAUACACUGGAUGGUUCGUAUACCGUUAUUUACUUUUCAAGGAAAGCAGAAAAGAAUUAGCGAGUGAUAUUGAAUCUUUGAAGAAGAAGAUUGUCGGAACAGCUCAGCUCCGGGUGGUGAUCAAGGGGCGUUCUUUGGAGAUUGGACGGUCCAGACCACCCGGGAGCUCGGUCCGCAACCGAGGGGACGGCUCCGUCGAGGCCCUCUUCUCCGACGACCCCUCCGCGGUCGACCAGAUGGUCGAGAGGCGCUGCAGAGUGGGCCCUUCCUCAGUCUCCGUCACCGCCCUUGCCUCCUUUCCUUCCGACGAGGAUCUCGGUCAAGGGUUCCAACGCAAACCCACGGCUUAAAUAGAAUCAUACAAUUAGUUCGAAUUGGUGAGGACUUUGAUAAUCUUGUUCGCUUCGGGUAUUUUGGCCUAUUGGUUUAUCUCUAUCCUUAUUGCUGCAUAGUCUAAUUGUGAUUCUGUUCCUUAGUCACGAUAAAAAAAUUUGAUUUUUUUCUGA